ACCUGGAAGCGCCGCGGCCCCGCUGUCGAGCUUCCUGCGGCGGCGGCGCCGGCCACCGGAGCAAGUGCUGUGGCGGGGGCGGAGAGCGGCCACGGCGGCGGCACUUCCCCGAGUGGCCCGCGGAGACCGGCCCCACGAGAAAGAUAAUCAAGUUGUGCUAGUACAACCAUAUAAAUAAUUAAUACCUGAAGUCUCAAUGUAACAUGGACAUUAACACUGCUGACAGAUAAAUACAGACGCUUGGGAAUCAAAUACUAGGCGAAACACUUUUUAAAAGAAAGGAAUUUAGGAGGUUCUAGUAUUCUCCAUGGCCGAAGCUGAGAGUCUGAAACCCUGAUGCUUAAGCUCUAUUCUAGAUCAUAGCUCCAACUCCUUCAGGAUAUAAGGAAAAGAGAUAAUAUUUCCACAAUGAUAGAUCUUUGGUUAUACAGGUUUCCCAAUGAGUGGAUCAUGAUGACCGUAUUGUAGGGACUUGCCAUAGUAUGGCUGCUUCCCGAUCUACUCGUGUUACAAGAUCAACAGUGGGGUUAAACGGCUUGGAUGAAUCUUUUUGUGGUAGAACUUUAAGGAAUCGUAGCAUUGCUCACCCUGAAGAAAUCUCUUCUCAUUCUCAAGUACGAUCAAGAUCACCAAAGAAGAGACCAGAGCCUGUACAAAUUCAGAAGGGAAAUAGUAGUGGGACAACUACUAAUUUAAAACAGCAGAGUACUCGAGAAUCGUGGGUAAGCCCUAGGAAAAGAGGACUUUCUUCUUCUGAAAAAGAUAAUGUAGAAAGGCAGACUGUGGAAAAUUGUGAGAAAAGGCAAACAGAACCUGUUUCACCAGUUUUAAAAAGAAUUAAGCGCUGUCUUAGAUCUGAAGUACCAAACAGUUCAGAAGAAGAUUCACCUAUAAAAUCAGACAAGGAGUCAGUAGAACAGAGAAGUACAGUAGUGGACAAUGAUGCAGAUUUUCAAGGGACUAAACGAGCUUGUCGAUGUCUUAUACUGGAUGAUUGUGAGAAAAGGGAAAUUAAAAAGGUGAAUGUCAGUGAGGAAGGGCCAGUUAAUUCUGCGGUAGUUGAAGAAAUCACAGGCUAUUUGGCUGUCAAUGGUGUUGAUGACAGUGAUUCAGCUGGUAUAAACUCUGAUGACUGUCAGCCUGAUGGGAACACUAAACCAAACAGCACUGGUUCCUAUGUGUUGCAGGAAAAAUCAGUAGCUGAAAAUGGGGAUUCGGACACCCGUACUUCAGUGUUCCUUGAUAGUAGGAAGGAGGACAGUUGUAUAGACCAUAACGUGCCUUGCACGAAUUCAGAAGUGCGGGUCAAGUUGGAGGACCACAAAAUAGUAACUGCCUGCCUUCCUGUGGAACAUGUUAAUCAGCUGACUACUGAGCCAGCUACAGGCCCAUUUCCUGAAGUUCAGUCAUCUUUAAGGGAUUCUGAGGAGGAAGUAGAUGUGGUGGGAGAUAGCAGUGCCUCAAAAGAGCAGUGUAAUGAAAACACCAAUAACGCCUUGGACUCAAGACUUGAGAGUAUGCCAGUCUCCGGAGAACUGGAACCAUCUUCUGUUCUAGACUGUGUUUCAGCUCAAACAAUGUCUUUGUCAGAACCUCAAGAACAUCGAUAUACUCUGAGAACUUCACCACGAAGGGCGGCCCCUACCAGAAGUAGUCCCACUAAAAACAGUUCUCCUUGCAGAGAAAAUGGACAAUUUGAGGAGAAUAAUCUUAGUCCCAAUGAAACAAAUGCAACUGUUAGUGAUAAUACGAGUGAAUCUCCCACAAAUCCUGAUGAAAUUUCUCAGAAUGAAAAAGGGAUAUGUUGUGACUCUGAAAAUUAUGGGAGUGAAGGACAAAGUAAGCCACCCUCAGAGGCAAGACUCAAUAUUGGAAAUUUGCCAUCUGCCAAAGAGAGUGCCAAUCCCCACAUUACAGAAGAGGAAGAUGAUGAUCCUGAUGUUUAUUACUUUGAAUCAGAUCAUGUGGCACUGAAACACAACAAAGAUUAUCAGAGACUAUUACAGACGAUUGCUGUACUUGAGGCUCAGCGUUCUCAAGCAGUCCAGGACCUUGAAAGUUUAAGCAGACAUCAGAGAGAAGCACUAAAAAAUCCCAUUGGAUUUGUGGAGAAACUCCAGAAGAAGGCUGAUAUAGGGCUUCCAUAUCCACAGAGAGUUGUUCAAUUGCCCGAGAUCGUAUGGGACCAAUAUACCAAUAGCCUUGGGAACUUUGAAAGAGAAUUUAAAAAUCGUAAAAGACAUACUAGGAGAGUUAAGCUAGUUUUUGAUAAAGGUUUACCUGCUAGACCAAAAAGUCCUUCAGAUCCUAAGAAGGAUGGAGAGUCCCUUUCAUACUCUAUGUUGCCUUUGAGUGAUGGUCCGGAAGGCUCAAACAGUCGUCCUCAAAUGAUAAGAGGACGUCUGUGUGAUGAUACCAAACCUGAAACCUUUAACCAGUUGUGGACUGUUGAAGAACAGAAAAAACUUGAACAGCUACUCCUGAAAUACCCUCCUGAAGAAGUAGAAUCACGACGCUGGCAGAAGAUAGCUGAUGAACUGGGCAAUAGGACAGCAAAGCAGGUUGCUAGCCGGGUGCAAAAGUAUUUCAUAAAGCUAACCAAAGCUGGCAUUCCAGUCCCAGGCAGAACACCAAACUUAUAUAUAUACUCCAAGAAGUCUUCAACAAGCAGACGGCAGCACCCACUUAAUAAGCAUCUCUUUAAACCUUCCACUUUUAUGACUUCCCACGAACCACCAGUGUAUAUGGAUGAAGACGAUGACCGGUCUUGUUUUCAUAGCCACAUGAGCACUGCUAUCGAGGAGGCUUCAGAUGAAGAAAGUAUUCCUAUUAUGUAUAGGAAUUUACCUGAAUAUAAGGAACUAUUACAGUUUAAAAAGUUAAAGAAGCAGAAACUUCAGCAAAUGCAAGCUGAAAGUGGAUUUGUACAACACAUGGGCUUCAAGUGUGAUAACUGUGGCGUAGAACCUAUCCAGGGUGUUCGGUGGCACUGCCAGGAUUGUCCUCCAGAGAUGUCUUUGGAUUUCUGUGAUUCUUGUUCAGACUGCCUACAUGAAACAGAUAUUCACAAAGAAGAUCACCAAUUAGAACCUGUUUAUAGGUCGGAGACAUUUUUAGACAGAGACUACUGUGUGUCCCAGGGCGCCAGUUAUAAUUACCUUGACCCAAACUACUUUCCAGCAAACAGAUGACAUGGAAGAGAACAUCAUAUACUAGUCCUCUUCAACACAUAGCAAUGGUAUCAUUGUGAAUUAUGUGCACAGUUUGGAAAGGUUCUCUGCUUUCCCCGAAAUGACACUCACAGCACGACAGCUUCCUGAGUGUUCUCGUCAAGUCCAGCUCUGCCCUGUUGUGGCUCUAGAUCACUGUUCAGCAGCUGAACAUUCCUGGUGAGCAAAGGGUUUCCUUGGUGAGUUUCUCACCACCACCUUAAAGUCUUCUAGGUGGGCUUAAAUAGGUGAGAGGGAAAUGAGAGCACACAUUAAAAAGUGAGGCAAUUCCAAAGGUUUCAAAGAACUUGGUCAUAAAUAUGAUAAUGAGAAGACAAAAGUAUUUAUAUUAAAACAGUUUAGUAGCUUUCAGUUUUGUGAAAAUAGUUUUCAGCACAGAAACUGACUUCUUUAGACAAAGUUUUAACCAAUGAAGGUGUUUGCUUCUAGAAUAUACACUUUAAAAGAACUCACUGUCCCGGUGGUGGCCACUGACGGCCGGUAGUACAUUGGAGCUGCUUAACCGUAUCGAUGUCUAAUUUCUUUUAACCACAAUGAACUGUCCUCAUUACCAACAGGAAGCACUGCAGGGGCAGCGUCACAGGGCUUCCUUCGCCAGCUCCGGGUGUGUGAAUGUUAUAAAACGGUCACUCAGAUAUAUUUUUUAAAUGUAAUGUUAUAUAAGAUGAUCAUGUGAUGUGUACAAACUAUGGUGAAAAGUGCCAGUGGUAGUAACUGUGUAAAGUCUAAUUCACAACAUUAAUUCCUUUAAAAUACACAGCCUUCUGCCUCUGUAUUUGGAGUUGUCAGUGCAACUCAUCAAAGAAAACUGCCUAAUAUAAAGAUCAUAUAUAUGGUAAUAAUUUCCCUCUUUUGUAGUCUGCACAAGAUCCAUAAAAGAUUGUAUUUUUAUUACUAUUUAAACAAGUGAUUAAAUUUAGUCUGCACAGUGAGCAAGGGUUCACAUGCAUUCUUUUAUACUGCUGGAUUUUCUUGUGCAUCAUCUAAAACAUUUUGUAUGUUUCUUCCUAUCUGUGUAUGCAGUAUGUUCUUGAAUAAUGUUCAUUUGUCAGGAGAACUGUGAGAAAUAAACUAUGUGGAUACUGUCUGUUUCUAUUAUAGAAUGCUUGUUGUAACUUCCUUUGGUUAGAUUUUGGAUACAUAUAUAUUUUUUUUUUACCAGUGUUGAAACAAACAAACAAAAAAAUUUUUUAAGGGUUUGCUUUACCUAUCUGUCCCUUCAAAAGAGUAAGGACUCUAUUAUGGGAAAGAGGGUGAACUUGAGAAGCUCUGUAAACGAUGGUCCUGUUUUCACUCAGUGUGUGCUAAAAACUAAAUUAAACCAGGUUACGAAAGAGCACAUCCUAGGGUCAAAGAAAAAGGCAAUUGUGUUCAGAUAGGAAAACUAAACAGGUGGAAAAUUUUACUCGUUCUUUUUGAUGAAAAUAAGCCCCCCAUGUAUUUAGUUUAAAUAGGUGUUUUUUGAAAACCACUGUAUUCCUUGAAAAUUAGUGACUAUUGGAAAAGACAAUAUAAAUAUUCUAAGAUUAUUCAUUAUACUGACCCAAUUUUGAGACUCUGCUGUUAUUUUCUAACUUUAAAUCACGGGAACAUCAUUUACAAGUCCUCUUUAACACAUUGUAGGGUACUAAAACCAUACCCUGAAUAUUUUUAAUUCAGAAAAGUAAUAUAAUUUUAAAUACAGAAACAGGAUUUUAACAUAAUAUAUUAAUUAAAAAUUACGAUGAUGUUGAUAAAAUAUAUCAGAAAGGAAAGGAAAUGGACUUGAACAUAACUUCUCACCUUGAAAUGAUUAGUUGGGGGAUAAAGAGGGGAAUUAUUAGAAUCCUGGGCAUUUUGAUAUUAAAUGUCAAGUGAACAUUCCAGAAGGUCUGUCUUCAGCUUGUAGCCAGGCAGCACCACUGGAUGGCAACCUGCGUAACUUCUGUUUGCAUAGAAGUAAUACUACUUAGUUUUGGAGCACCGUUCAGGGCCAUUCAAACAUCCCAUCAAGGAUGAGGUAUGCUUUGGAAGAGGGCUUUGAAUGACAUAAACAGAAUAAACAAAAUAAAUCCACUUAAAUGUAUUUUUUAAGGGCAAAGAUUUUUGAGAAAUUUGAGUAGCAAAGAGGAUUAUUUUCUGCUUGAGCAAAGAUGUAUUUGUUUUGCAUUUUCUCCAGCUCCAGGCAAAUAGUCCUCAUACUUUUAAAAAACCCUGCAGGGUAGUAGUCGUGGUAAUGGUGGUGGUUUGAUUUGAGGACUCAGGAAUGGGCAGGGUAGGCCUUCCAUCUACGAAGCAGCAUGGCCAUAAGAAACAACAGAGACCCGCUUGUUAGAGGGCUACUUGUUCCGUAGCAUUCAGUAGGUCAGAUGUAGUAUUUCCUGAAAUAAUAUGCUCAAAGUAUUUGAUAAGAACUGAAGGAACUUUUAAUGACACCUUAAACCACUGCAUUAAGGUUCGGCAAAGGAGGUUUUGAUGGGUGAGAUGUGCACUAAUAAUACUAGUGUUUACUGUGUGCCAAGCAGGAGAGAGGAACAGAUUUCAUUCUCACAACCUUAUGAGGCAGGCUUAUUUAUUCUGUUUUCAUUUGAGGAAAUCUAGUCAGAGAGGUUAAAUAACUUGCCUGAGGUUGUGUUGUAUCGUUAGUACAGUGGUGAUGCUCGGGUUUUAACCUAGACGGACUGCUCCGCCGGCAGCGCCUGCCUCAUGGCCCUGUCCGCCUUCGAGUCAGGCGGCAGGCGGCACUGAGGUGGUGGAGGUGGCGGUGCGCAGGGGUUGCUUUUUAGUUCUUUUUUCCUGCUGUGGUGUGGUUCCUAAGUACAAACCUGAGACAUGCCCCGGUUUUUAGCAAAGAUUGGAGAAGCACUGUGUGCGGAUGAGGGAAAAACACUGACGUGGUCUGCUGUGAUGAACAGACCUUGAAAGCACACAUACACAGAAUUUGCAUAUUCCAACUCGGCAGCAAACGUGUGGCCUGAG